AUGCCGGGUGCGGGAGGUCAGCAACCUCAGAGAACAACAUUUAGACCGCCGUGGGUCAAGGAUGGACCAAAUCCACUACCAAUGCCCUCAGCACCGUGGGCACUUAAUUCUAGAAGAGAAUCUAAGACAAGUAGUGAAGAUGCACCGGCAUUCACUAAAGUCACACUAAAAAGUGUAGCGAAACCGGCAGACGCUGCGGCACCACAAAAACAACCAGCAGAGCCUCAACCAAAAAAGCUAAGUAAAAUAACUAUCGUGCCAACGCAACCUAAAAGCGAUAAGAAUGCAACUAGUAAACUAGCAACAUCAAACGUCAAACAGAGUGAGAAUGAAAGAAGUAAAACAUCAACGGGUCCUAAACUCGGACAGAAGAAUGAAUCGCGUACGGAGACACCGUCUUCGAAACCUCAGCUUGAAAGGCAGAUUCGCGUUGAAAAAUCUCAAUCGCGUAGUGACAACAGAGUUCCUCUUUCUAAAAGUGAAAGUUCAACAGGUGCACCGACAUUAUCAAAAAGUUCAUCAAGGGCGGCGAUACCACCGCCUCCACCGCCACGACCUCCACCACCACCUCCUGCUCGGGUAGUAUUGAAAGAUUUACCCGAGCUUACGAAAACGCAGCAGGAAAAAUUGGAAAUGCUUAAAUCGAGGCCAAGAAAACGUCCUGAUUGGGCUUGUAUGAUGAAAGAACUCGAGAGUGGUAAAAAGCUUAAGCAUGUCAAUUGUAACGACAGAAGUGCUCCAAUCAUUGAGAGAGUUAGCAAAGUUACUGCCGAUCCAGGAAACGCACACUUUGUUUUUGAAUCAGAAAAAUCAAAUAUGCAUAAUAAAUUGCUGCAGCAGAUUCAGUCGGGGGUUAAGUUGAAGAGUGUAAAGACAAAUGAUCGAUCAAGACCAGUGUUGGCGGGAUUGAGGAAAUUUAGACGGCAAUUAACUAUUGAAGAACAGAUGCACAAAGCAGAUACUGCACCUGUCGAUGAUGCUGUACCCGAUGAAAUGGAUGAUAUUGACGCAGUAAGAGAUGACUUGCAAAGCACUAAACAGAUGCUUGCAUUGGAACUGAGAAAUAAAGAGGCAUUGGAAAGAGAUAACAAGAGGCUACAGGCAAGACUUUUAAAUUUGGAAGCAGAGAAUGAAAGAUUGAAAUUGCAACAAAAUGUAACCGAGUACAAAAAGCAGGACGAAAAAAUAGUAGAAUCAUUGAAAAAUGAAGUAGACCAAGCGCGAAAAGAUGUUGAGAAAGUAGAAAAAGAAUUUUCAGUAGUUGCAGAAGAAAGAGAUAGGACAAAACUUGAAUUAGAAGAUUUAAAAAAAAUGUAUGCUGUAUUAGAAAAACGUAUGAAGGCUGACUAUUAUUGGGAUUGGGAACAAGUUGAACCUGAACCCAUAGUAGAAUUCCCACCAGAAUCGGAAGCAACGUGGUAUAAUGUUUCAGGAAUGGCAUUAGCUGGAUGUCCAAGUGCCAAAGAUGUAGCAAAGAUUGCUUCACAAAAAAGUAUCGAAAAGGCAGAGAAGACUCCGAGUGAAUCGGAGGAAGAAGAAGAGGAAGAAAGUUCUGAGGAAGAAGACGAGGAUGAAGAUCCGGAAGCUGUUGCUGAACGGAGAGCAUUAAGAGAAAUUAAAUUAUUAGCAACUAAAAUUAAAAAUUUCAAAGAUAAAGAAGACAAUUCUAAAAAGGAGAGACAUGCAUUGAAAGAACAAAUUAAACAACAGUUAAAAUUAUUAAAAGAAGAAAAGAAAAAGUACAAAUCACUUCAAAAAGAAGUUGAUAAAAUGGCUAAGUUGAUGGCUGAUACUGACGAAGAAGAUGGAGAUGAAAAAGAAGAGGAAGAAGUAGAAGAAGAAAGUGAAUCUGAAGAAGAAUCAGAGUCUGAAGAGUCUGAAGAAGACGAGGAAUCAGAAAUUGAUGAUGAAACAGCUGAUUCAGAAGAUCGAAAGACUAAACUACAGGCGAUUGCAAAGAAACACGAAGGACGUUUAGCUUCAUUGAAGAAAGGAAACUAUUUAUUAAAAGCUCAAGUUGAUAGAUUGAAAGACGAUUUAGCUAAACAAAGAGAAGAAAGUUUAUCUCUGCAGGAAGAUCUUGAUUCAGUACUGGCUGAAUUAGGUUAA